GUCGGCACAGAACCCAUUGUGGUGUGUUGAAGAGGAGUGAGCGGCUGUCUGAGAGAAUGAGAAAAGAAGAAAUUGUGUGAGCACAAAGAGGACUAUUAAAAGGGGGACAGAAAUGAACGUUUAUACACGACACGUCUGCUGCUGCCCCCUGUGAAGAGGGACCUUUACGUCCACUCGGAAAAAGAUCCGGAAAUUGAAGAGUUAAGAGCCCCCACAAAGCCAAAUGUUUAUUUCAGCAGCUAGCAGGCUAGCUCUUCGGCUAGAUGUGUGUAACUGAGCUGAAAACUGGAAGUCCGUGUGGAGUCGUCGAGCUCUGGAGAAGCGGCUUUUCCGUGAAGAGAUAAGCGUUGGCUUAGAUUUUUUUUUAAGCACCGUACGCUCGACUCGAAAGUAGGCGCAACUUUAAAGAAUGAUUCCAGCUGAGUGAGCUCUGACCAUUUCACUAUUACUUCACAGCCAGAAGAGCGGAGAAGUCUAUCAGGCGUCUCUCAGAACUGCUGCUCCCUGGCUGCGCUCAAACCUCGUCUUUUAAAAAUCUCAGCUGCUUCGAUCUGAGAGGAGAAUCCAAGGAGCCUGUUGACACGUCCGCUAAUGAACUGCUGGCUCCCAGACUCCAGGAAGAGAAAACAUGACGCACUCACCACUGCCAGAGAGCGGCAGUGGGCAGAUGUGCCAACCGUGCCACCGCCAUCAGCUUUAGAAGUUUCCACUGCACCAUGACAGAUAAUCAUUAAGGUUUAUUCCCUGACAUUUGACUAGAUACCCUUCCUGCUUCCCCAUCCCUUGGUACCCAACCAUCCCCACCCGUUCCCAACAUGCUGCGGUUCCUGCCUCUCAAACUGGGCCGACUGUACCGCUGUCUGAAGCUGCUGUUAGUGCUGGGUUUGUCCGUCAUCUUGUUGAUGAACACUCACAACCUGUUUGCCUCCUUUCAGAAGAAUGAACUGACUGACAGACGAUUCAUUAACCUCAACAAGUGUCCCGCCUGCUUCGGCACCAGUUGGUGCCGCAAGUUCAUGAACGGUCAGGUUUCCUUUGAGACCUGGGGUCGCCUGAGGUUUCUAGACGUCUUCAAUGUCAAAAAUGUUUACUUCGCACAGUACGGAGAGCCCAGGGAGGGAACGCGACGCGUGGUGCUCAAGCGGCUUGGCUCCAACCAGGAGCUGGCCGAAAUAGACCAGAAAAUCUGCAAGAGGGCAACAGGCAGACCACGCUGUGACCUCAUCCAGGCCAUGUACAAGACUGAGUUUGCCCGGAUCAACGGGGAUGUUCGCUUGCUCACCCCAGGCGUGGUGGAGGGCUGGUCGGACCUUGUGCAUUGUCCCUCACAGAGGUUGUUGGACCGUGUGGUCCGAAGAUAUGCUGAAACUAAAGACUCGGGCAGCUUCCUGCUAAAGAACUUGAAAGACACGGAGAGAAUGCAGCUGUUGAUGACUUUGGCAUUCAACCCAGAACCACUUGUACUGCAGAGCUUUCCAUCGGAUGAAGGGUGGCCGUUCGCCAAGUACCUGGGAGCGUGUGGGCGCAUGGUAGCUGUCAACUACGUGGGCGAGGAGCUGUGGAGCUUCUACAAUGCGCCGUGGGAGAAGAGGGUUGACCUGGCGCGGCAGCUGAUGGACAUUGCCGAGCAGCUCACCAACAAUGACUUUGACUUUGCCCUGUACCUGCUGGAUGUCAGUUUUGAUAACUUUGCAGUCGGCCCUCGGGAUGGAAAAGUCAUCAUAGUUGACGCUGAAAACGUCCUGGUAGCAGACAAAAGACAGAUAAAGCAAGACAAGCCGGAGAACUACGACGUGUGGUAUGAGAGCCGCUUCGAGGAGUGUGACAGGGAGGCCUGCCUUUCUUUCUCCAAGGAGGCCCUCUGUUCCCGGGUCACUGUGGACCACAACUAUUAUGCCGUGUGCCAUAACUUACUGUCUCAGUACGCCACGUGGCGGGGAACCACCGGCGGCCUCCUUCACGACCCGCCCGCUCACAUAGCCAAAGAUGGACAACUUGAGGCUUUGUUGGACGAGUGCACCAAACCUAAAAAGCGCUACGGCCGCUUUCAGGCGGCCAAGGAACUGCGUGAAUACCUCACACGGCUAUCUGCCGCAUCCUCCUCUGCCAUGGCAAGGUAAUGCAUGGGGUCGGCGUUAGCCCAACGCUUUGAGACAUGAUUUUGUACUCUUUAUCUCUGGACUCUUGAGAUAUCAGUUCUUGUUCAUGAUGUCAUUUGCUCCCUUUGCGCAUUGGAGCAAGAAGAAGGUGUUCGAAUCAAACUUUGUUAAAGCCCUAGCUUUUACAUUGACUUUUUUUGCUUUGUUUUAGAGGAUUGUGGCACUGCAAAAAAAAACAAAUAAAAAAACAAAACAAACAAACAAAAAAAAAACUACCUGAGCCAAGAGAGCAAGGUUACAGGGUUAACCUGUUGGCUCUCAGGGUGGGCUACCACCUCUGGAGCAGAAAUAAGGAAGGGCUCCGGUAAGCGCAUCCAUCAUUGGAGCCAGGCUAACGCAAACCAACAGUAACCAAGCAACAGCAGCAGUAACAUCACACAGCCCAGAUGAUGAUUAUUUUCCUUUUUAUGCCUCAGUUUCUUUUUUUUUUUUCCAUACCAUUAAAAACCUUAACAUCUGUUUUAGUCAUACUUCUCAGUUUUAUUUCAUUCCUAGAAGGGUUGAUUCUGUUUUGCAGAGCUGAAUUGUAGUCAUUUGAGCCAUGGUUAUUUUUUGCUGUGUUGUGGCUCUUUAUUUUCUGUAGCAAUGCUGCCUGGAAGGUGGAAGUAGCAUGAAUCACCUGCUGCAGGAUGGCAGGAAAGGCCAAGGGAGAAAAGGUAAAAAAAAAGAAAAGAAAAGGAAAAAAAAAAAGAAGAAAAAAAGUGAGUUAGAAAGUUUUGGAUGUCAGAGGACAUAUAAUACAAAAAAAAAAAAAAACUUGACAGCUACUCGUUAUGUACAGGUACAUCUCAAUGAUCAUCAGAAAUAAUCAAAAAGUCAAUUUAUUUCAGUAAUACAGUUUAAAAAGAUAAAUGUGUAUAUGUAUUCAUAACACACAGGGCAAAAUCUUUCAAUUUUCUAUUUCUUUUAAAUUUGAUUAUUAUGGCUUAUAGCUGAUAAAAAUUUAAAAUAUAUUUUUUCUGAUUAUAAAAUUAGACUGAAAAUAAAUAAUCAUGUGUGACAUAUUUGCUUCACACAUUUCAAUAAAGCUCUUUAUUAAAGAAGGGACUUAAGAAGUGACUAUUCAAGAUGACACUUGAAUAGUCUUUCCUUGACAAUUCCUUUGUUUCCCUUAAACCUUUUUUUUCCAUCCACUAAACUUUCCAUUUCAUUUAUGUGUCUGGUAACGGCACUCUAUAAAUAGCCAGUUUUUUUUUUUUUUUUAGCAAUGCCUUUUUGAGGCAUACCCAACACAAAGUGUUUGUUUAAAUACGUAACAGAAAAGACAAAAACAAAUGCUGCUUAUUGGUGUUACAUUAGGACUGCAAGCGUUUGGGAAAGCAUGCAGCAUUAGUUGCAUUUUGGUGAAUAUUGCAAGGACAGUCUGACUUGCAAUAUACAAGAACAAUAUGACUUACAAGUCUGAGAUAUACUGUGAAGCCCAGGUAGCAUUGAAUUUUAAAAAUAUAGUUAUAGAUUAGUUUUCUUUAGCUAUAAGCCAUAAUGAUCUAAGUGAACUCAAAUAAGUGGUCGAAUUAUAAACUGUGUGUAAAGAAACCUUAAUUGCCUUUAAUUGAAUUACUGAAAGAAACCAACUUUUUGAUGAUAUUCAAUUUUAUUGAGAUGCAUCUUUUUUGUUGUUUUCCAAUCAUUCAGGUUUCAGGAUUGUGGCAAUCAUUGUGUUUUCUGUUUUUUUUUGUGUGGAUUAUUAUUUUCUGUUUAGUAGGAAUCAGAAAUGGUGAGACAGCUGCUCAUAGGAAAAGGAAGGCGAUAAUUGGACUGUGGCAGUCCGUUAAUGCAGAUGUGCGAUACCAAAGAGGCUACUGGUAAUAAGAGACCACACCUUUCCUAACGCUUGGUCCACAUUGAAGAACUGAUCGAGUACUGAUAUUCUUUCCCCUAAACAAUGAUCAGCCAUAUCUGUUUUGAACGAUCCUCUUUACUUUGUCAGCCUCCAGCAGAAUUGAUAAAUGAUUUGUUGAACACUUUUCCCUCCAUCAGUGUUAUAAAACCACUUAAUUUAAAAGAGAAAAUGAAGUAAUUCUGAAAGAACCGGAACACAUGAUUAAUCCCCAUUCUAUUUUCCCUUCUUUGUCUUGAUUUGAUGAAUUAAUUCUAUUGUCAGAGUUCUCCAAGUGCUGCUCGAUGCAAUAACCUCUGUCAGGUCAGUGGUAUAGGAAAAGGGAAUGGAGAUAUCUUUAAAAUUACUUUCUUGCUCCAGAAACGACUUCCAGACUUGCACUUUCUAAAUUUGCAGCCCAGAAAUCUCUGCGUUAAAUAUUUAAACGCUCUUCACCACUUAGAGGUUGGGGAUGAUUUUACACUCAGUGGACCAACAAAUUAAAAGCAUAAUCACAAAUACUGGCUCAUUUUGCUCUUGGUUUAUAGGAUACAUUACUCAGCGUAACUUGGUUUAAAAAGGAGAAGAAAAAUCUGCCUCAAAGUCCCAUUUUUUUUUUGUAAGUUUUGAUAUUAUGAGUAGGAUCCUAAAAUACCCAGUGAAGGUUUGUUUAAUGCAGACUAUAAAAAGUUGGGAUAAUAAACAAAUGAAUUCUUCAUUUGAUAAAACUGAUAUGACUCUUGCCAGCUAGGAAAAGCAAUAAAGACAAGUUUGGCUUACGGAUUUGGUUUUUUUUUCUCUCUCUCUCUCUCUCUCUCGCUUUCUUUUGUUUCAACUCCAUCAUUUGUUGUGACAGAUGUUUGUUUACCCAUGUGUCGGAUAUAUUUAACUAUGGAGGACGUUGAACCUAGAGGGAUUUGUUCAUGUGUAACUAACUGUCCACUUUUGUACUGUAAUUUUCUUUUAAGUAUUAUAUCAGCGUUGUCUGAUUUUUUCCUGUGCCUUUCAUUCAAAAGUUGUAUUUACAACUUUUAGUGGAUUUAAAUAUUAAAAUAAAUGAAGAUAUAUAUAUAUAAAUAUAUAUAUAUAUAGAUAUAAAUAUA